CUGCUGAAGAACUGGAGAAUGUAUUUGACUCCCUGAACACUGACCAGAACGGCUACCUCACUCUCGAAGUGUUCUCAUCAGGAUUCAGUCAGUUUCUGCACGGCCGGAGGAUCUCUGUACCCGAGGACGCAGCACCCACCCUCCCCACUUCUAGGAAGCCCUCAGAAGCCCUAUACCAGAGCAAAUGGGAUGAGAGGUUGACUGGAGGGUGGGAGGAUGAGGAGGAGAAUCACUUCUGUAUGCUGCUGGAGAGCCUAGGGGCCAGCAACGUGUUCCAGGAUCCAGGCGAGGUGCGCAGCUUGUGGGCCCAGCUGAGGAGGGACGAGCCUCACCUCCUGUCGAACUUUGAGGAAUUCCUGGCCAGAGUCACCUUCCAGAUCAAAGAGGCCAAAGAGGAGAGGAGGGAGAUGGAGAGCGCCCUCCAGAGGAAAGCAGCCACACACGACAGUGAGAUCCGCGGUCUGUAUGAAGAAAUGGAGCAACAAAUGAAAAGCGAGAAGGACCGGCUGCUCCUCCAGGACUCGGAGCGCCUCCAGUCUCGUAGUCACGACCUGGAGCACCAGCUGUCCAGUAAGGAGAGAGAGCUGGAGCAGCUCUUCCAGAAACAGAGGAGGUUGGAUCUCCAGUGUCGCGACCUGAGCAGUGAGCAGCAGGAGAGCCGGGUGGAGAAUGUCAAGCUGAAGAUGACCAACGAGGAACUGCGCAGAGAGCUGGAGAGCACCUGUCAGGAACUGUCCUUGGCCCAGGAACAACUGACCAUGCUGCAGGACCAGGCUUCCCGCCUGCACCAGGAGAGAGAGAUGGAAAUGUACCGAGUCACUGAGGGACUAGAGAGAGAGAAACAGAGUCUGAUGAAACAACUAGACCUUCUCAGAGAGAUGAACAAACAUUUAAAAGAUGAGCGAGACAUAUACUGUGCUGUGAACCCCAGGAAGUCCCUCAAACAGAAGCAGAGAGCCGGCUUGGUCCAUCUGUUCGCGGACACCAGCCAGCAGCCGGUUAAAAGCGAGGACCAUGUUGACACCGCUUGUCCACCACGUUCGCCGAAAACCAACUACGGCCUGGCCAACGGCUACCACGACUCCAACACCUCGUCUCCAACCCAAGUGGUUGAGGUGGAGGCGCAGGGGUUGAAGGAGAGGCUCUCCAAGUUCGAGUCAGAGAAGACCCUCGCCCCCACCCAGAACCAAAGGGACAGGCAUACAGAGUACCAGAGUAAGCCGGAGGUUGGGGGCGAUGGGCUGGACGGUCCCCCAGAUGGGUGGCCCCUCCGUCGGGUUAUCUCCAUCGAGGAGGACCACCUCCCCCACCUGCUUCAUGGAGGGCCCCAGCCCCUGCUGCACCAGCUCAGUGAGGAAGACGAGGAGGAGGAAGAGGCUCAAGGGAAGGAAUAUCUGGAGAGUAGUAUCUUAGUUGCCCCUGUUCCUUUACCUGUCCCGGUCACGACAGUGUCCCCCUUCAAACACCGAGGUAGUUUCAGCAGAAUCAGAAAUAUCCCCUCGUCACCUCGAGGACAGCCCGUCGGCAAGGAGACCCAAAAUAGGGUGAAGGAGAGGGCCGUGCCCGCCCCAGACCGCCUGUUUAAGGUGGUCCUGGUGGGCAACUCCAGUGUGGGCAAGACUUCCCUGCUGCGCACCUUCUGUGACGGCCGCUUCCACCCCUCCAGCCCCGCUACUGUGGGGAUUGACUACAGUGUGAAGACUCUAAUGUUGGACAACACCCAGGUAGCCAUGCAGCUGUGGGACACGGCUGGGCAGGAGAGGUACCGCAGCAUCACCAAGCAGUUCUUCCGUAAGGCAGACGGCGUGGUGGUCAUGUACGACAUCACGUUGCUGGACAGCUUCAAGGCCGUGCGACCCUGGCUCAUCAACGUCCAGGAGGCUGCGGGAGUGGGCAUUCCCAUCCUGCUCCUGGGCAACAAGAUGGACGCGACGUCUGAGAGGGAGGUACCACUUAAAGACGCAGAGACUCUGGCCCAUGACACCCGUGUGAUAUUCUAUGAGGUCAGUGCAUACACCGGCUACAACGUGACAGAGGCCAUGAUCCACCUGGCCAGAGUGCUGAAAGAGCAGGAGGAUCGGGUGAGAGACACAUUUGUCUUACUGGAGGUCCUGCCAGUCAAGAAGAAAGCCUGCUGCAAGUGAAGACACUCUGACAAAAUGGAGAGAGAGAGCAUUUGGAAUGGCUAGAGACUCCUGAUAACAAGUGAAGGAACUCUUCAAUCUAACUCUUUCUCUGUGCUCUCGGAGCCAAAUCCUAACUUUGUGGACAUUUGUUAAUCAAUGUCUCAAAUUAGGACGUUUCUUCUUUCAGUACCUGUUUGGUUAAAGGCAAAGAGCCCAGUUGAGCUGGAUCCUAGUGGAUUGAACUCUAGUCUACAUUACAACCAUUUGUCUGCUGUUUGGACCUCCUGACUGUAAUGAGCAAUAGACAUGUGUUCUACUGUAGAACUAAUGGUAUAUUUGGUCAAUUUAAAAAGUGGAUCAAUCAUUUCAAUGUAUAGAAUGACUUUUUCUUUAGUUGUGAUUGUUGUUAAUCAAAACACAGAAUGGAUAUGUAAAUAAGAGCUUGAUUAAGUUUGUAGUCUGUUACAAAAUAAUGAUUGUCAUAAAUUUGAUUAAAAUACUGAUGUGAAAUCUAAUUAUUUGAU